AAUCAUUGGCGGGCACAGCUCAACAAGGCUGUGUCCUUGUUAGGGGCUAGAGAAACUGAGGAAGCUAAGAAAGCUCUCAAGGAAGCUUUUAAAAUGACCAACAGGGUUGAAUUACAUGAUGCUAUAUACCACCUGAAGCAGCUACAGAAGAAGAAGGUGAAGGGUAAUGGAGAUUCCAAUGGGGAAGGGGCUUUUGUGGUUGUGGAACCAUCAAAGUUCAAGACAGUUAGUGAGAAGACUACAUUGAGGCAGGAUUUAAGCAAUGCUCUUCAGAUUAGGGCUUUUCAGAGAGUGACAAGAUUGAGUCGUUGUGAGGUUGAUCUUCUGAAGAGGGAAAUGACUGAAAAUGAUGUUCCUAUAUCCUACUCUGGUGGUGGUGGUCCUCAGAAAUCCAUUCGCAAGCCUAAUUUGGAAGAAAUUCUACGCAGGUUACUCAAUUUUCUGAAGCCUGAAACUUUUCAAGGAGCUGUGAAAGCCAUAAAUGAAAAAAUCCUUUCUGUCUUGGAUGAAACAGGCUCGGGAAGGGUUGAUUUGGGCAUGUUUUAUGCUGUUAUUGCUCCCAUUUGCGGUGGGCCUCCAGAUAAGCGAAAAAGGGUUGCCUUUGAUGCACUUUUAUGGCGACCAGUGAAUGAAGGCAGUUCUCAGAUAAGAAAGGUGGAUGUUAUGAAAUACAUCAAAUUGUUGAGGGCUAUUUAUGUUCCAUCAGAUGGGGUAGCCGAAAUGCUUGAAGUUCAUGGAGAAACAGAUUCCUCAAUGGUAUCUUUCAGUGAGUUUGUAGUCAUGUUUGAUGAUCCAGAUCGGGGUUUUGGUGUCAUGUCAACUCUGAUGAAGCUUGAAUCUGGAGAUAGGAAUCGCCAUGGACACCGUGUUUGCUCAGUUUGUCACUACCCAAUUAUUGGUUCCCGUUUUAAGGAGAUUAAGUCUCAUUUUAAUCUAUGUAGUCAUUGCUACAGUGAGGGAAAGGUGCCUUCUAACUUUAAGCAGGACGAGUACAAAUUCAAGGAGUAUGGACGUGAGGCUGAAGUGAUGAAAGAUAAGUGCAUGUGCUUUACUUAGCAAUCCCAUAAGAUCUAUAGCUAGUUGACUUAAAACUUUUUGGGUUAAUUCUGUAUCAUUCCAAUAUUUAGUUGUGAAGUGUGAAAUAUAAAUGGCUCACAAUUGUGUUCAGCGGGCUGCAUGCCCUUGUAUAAUAAAAUCGUUUUCAAUUGUGGCUCCAUGAUUGUUUGUGGAUAAACCCUUCAUGCUUGA